GUGAAUUCUUUCAUCUAAAUAUUUUUCAAAGAAAAUAACGAAUAUUGCCACCCUGAAUAUCUAUAUCCAUAUACGUAUCCUUCCUGUGCGGUGCUUGCGGCGGCUGUUGGCGCUGCACAAGGCAACAGCCACCAAAAAUGGAAGCGCGGGAGUUUGCGUUGGCCCCCUCUCCUCUCUUCGCCUCUCUCCCUCCCUGUUUGUAUGGUCGGGUCGCGCACGGAAAAAAAGCUUACACCACGGCCUUCCACCCCUUCUUCCCUCCCCUCCCUCUCGCUGUCCCAAAGUAUUGCUUUCCAAUAAAUCAAGAAGACGAAAUAUACGGCUCUUCGUUCUUCUCUUCUUCUCUGUUUAGCUUCAAUAAUCGGGAUUCCUCUUUUUUCGUCCCCUCUCGCUUCUAAUCGUCUUUGCUGGGCGGUCUUGUCUGGGUCGGGUUCAUUUUUUCCCUUUACCAUUACACACAACUACUCUGUAGUUUGAAUUGCUUUCAUCAUGUUGGUCGACCGUACCAUCAAGGUUAUCACCGAGCAGCAUGUCAUCGACAAGCCGUCUCCGGUUGAGGAGUUCCCCAUGAGAGAAUGGAGCAUCCGCGUCGCAAUGGUCGACUCAGAGGGCAACGAGAGACCGGCUGAUGUCUUUACCAAGGUUGUGUAUAACUUGCACCCUACCUUUGAAAACCCUACUCAGUCCUUCAACGAACCCCCCUUCAUCUGCAAAAACGAAGGUUGGGGAGAGUUUGAAAUCUCCAUUGAUUGCUACACAACAGAAAAGACCAAGCUCGCCCCCAUUAUCCAUGAUCUCAACUUCUCGCAAGAGCGCUACGAGGUCACUCACCCCGUCGUCUUCAAGAACCCCUCGCAAGCUCUUCAGGAGCGUCUCUCAGAGUUGGGCCCCAUGCCCAACGAGGAUGAUCGCCACAAGAAGCGCGCACAAGGACGCAAGAGCGGCGCUCAGAAGUUUGACUUUGAGAAGAUUGCCGAAGCCCUCGAGAAGCUUGACGAGGAAGACUUGCUGCGCGUCAUCCAGAUGAUCAACGAGAACAAGGGUCCCGACACGUACAUUAGAAGUGAUGUCGAAGACAAUAAUCUCCUUGCAGCCGGCGAGUUUUCGAUAGAUCUGUACACAAUGCCUGAUCUCCUCACAAACAAGCUGUGGGACCACCUUUCUAAGAAGGGCUUGGUAGCAAAUUGAAUGUAAAAAAAAAUUGUUAAGGAGUUUGAGCCUAUAGAAACCGCUGCUUGGAGGUAAAACCACGUCACAGCCAGGGCUCUGUGGCUCCAGGCAGACGAAAAGGGCAACUGGAUACUGGAAAGCUGCGGCAUACCAGUCCAGGUACAUGGGGGCGGACGUCGACGGGAUGAGGCAAGGACUGUUGGUUUACCCGUUUUUCUGUCACUCUAUUACGUUGAAAAAGAUACACACUGGCGCAUGGAGCCCGGUUGUCUAAUUUGAGAGCUUGUUGUUACCGUUACCCGAACCUGUCAAUCGUGCUUGUCCGAUCUGUCACCCAUAAAUGCCGGGAGGCGUGCGCGAACCGGCGGAAUGACAUGCGUGUGUGUGCUUGCGAUGUCAUUUAAUUGCUGCUGCUGACAUGCGAAGGCUCAAAUUUGUAAUCAUGUCAACGGCAACUGACUGCCUUUGGGCUACCAUGUCAUCCAUUCAUAGUGAGGAGGCUGCGUGCGUAGUGGCAAGAGGACAAUGGUUCUGCCUGGGGA